AUGCCAUCGCUCGAGGUAGAACACAAGAAACUGCUCAACAGAAGAGAAGAACUGCUCAAGCAGGACGUCUCGCUUCGCAAAGACUACAGCAUCCUUCUACGCAAGAUAUCAAGCGUGUGCCAGGUAUUGGAGUCCCUGGGCGAGCCCACCCACUUGGACGCAAAUGGCGUGCCAGAGUUCCAGGCGCCAGACUACGAGAAAUUCAAGGAAUGGGACGCACUCAUACCUUUGUUGAAGUCUGUAGAAGAAGUGCAAGCGUUACCCUUGGACCAGAUCGAGGUACCAGAAGCUCUUUCAGAAUCCUAUGAACUAUUUAAAAUGACUCCGCUACUACAUAAAGACGGGGCUGAAUGA